CAUACCGACUCUGCACGCAAGCGGGUCUGGACUCUGCUUCCCUGCGCACCGUCGCCAUCUGAUUCCCGUUUCUCCUCAUUUGCAAUUCGUCGUUCUCUGCUUCUCUUCCCAAACCCUAACCACGACGUACUUGUCGAUCUGGAGAUUGAUAUAAUUUCUUCAGUUCUUAACUUGAUUCAUCUGGUUUGCCAAUUGUUUUUUUUUUUUUUUUUUUAAAUUGAUUCUGAUCUCUAAUGUGCGGAUUGAGUCGAUCUGCUUUAUCGGGCUCGGGAACUUCAGUAUCUGUGCUCGAUGAUGGAGAUGUCGGCGGAGGGUCCAUCAGAGUUCGACAUGGGCACCACCACGGAGUCGUUUCAGAAGUUCUUGGAUUCGCAGAGGCAGCUCUUCCACAGCCAGGUGGACCAGCUCCAGAACAUAGUAGUCAUGCAGUGCAAACUCACCGGCGUAAACCCUCUUUCUCAAGAAAUGGCGGCUGGUGCUUUGUCUAUAAAAAUUGGAAAAAGACCCAGAGAUUUGCUAAACCCUAAGGCUGUAAAGUAUAUGCAAUCAGUUUUUUCUGUUAAAGAUGCAAUUAGCAAGAAGGAAUCUCGUGAGAUCAGUGCUCGUUUUGGUGUUACAGUCACACAGGUUCGUGAUUUUUUUGCUAGUCAACGCUCAAGAGUGAGAAAGUUUGUCCGAAUGUCGAGGGAGAAGGCUGUUUUAUCUAAUGCAUGUAAACAACCCCAAGAUGGGGUCCUCUUAAGCUCUGAUCCUACCAUACCUAUUGAUCCUGUACCAUUGAACUCUUUGGGUCCUGCCAGCAUUGGAGAUGCACCUUCUAGCUCGACGCUAGAUGAAGCUCUACUUGACGUAGAUGAUUCAGAUAAACAUUUCAUUGAUAAUAUUUUUAAUUUAAUGCGAAAAGAAGAAACAUUCUCUGGGCAAGUGAAACUGAUGGAGUGGAUCCUGAAGAUACAAAAUUCUUCAGCACUUUAUUGGUUUUUAUCUAAAGGUGGUGUGAUGAUUUUAGCCACCUGGUUAAGUCAAGCAGCGACUGAAGAACAAACAAGUGUUCUUCUUGUCGUUCUUAAGGUUCUUUGUCACCUGCCACUACAUAAAGCUCUCCCUGUACAUAUGUCGGCCAUACUCCAAAGUGUUAACAGACUCCGUUUUUACAGGACAUCAGACAUAUCAAACAGGGCAAGGGUUCUGUUGUCAAGAUGGAGCAAAUUAUUUGCAAGGAGCCAAGCUGUUAAGAAAUCCAAUGCCACAAAGUCUUCAAGUGAUGCAGAGAAUGAGAUGUUGCUGAAGCGGAGCAUUGGUGAAAUAAUGGGUGAUGAAUCAUGGCAGUCAAAAAUUGAUUUACCUGAAGGGAUUCUUGCUCCCUCAUGCGAAAGUUCAGAAAGUUUCAGGAAAUUGGAACCCCAACAGGCACUGAAACUGUUGUCAGCUCCAGAUGAUUCAAACAGGAAGCAUGGUCGAGGUGUAUCUUCAACCCAAACCAGAGAACGCAGAAAAGUUCAGCUGGUUGAACAACCAGGUCAAAAAGGCCCUGGCAGGAGUGUGCAGGCAACAAGAGCAGUGCCUGUGAGUCAAAGCCGUCCAAUGUCAGCUGAUGAUAUCCAAAAGGCUAAAAUGCGUGCGCAGUUUAUGCAAAGCAAGUAUGGAAAAAUUGGUUGUUCUGGUGAAAGUCGUAUAGUGAAGACUGAAGGUCUAAACAAAACUUCAUCUUCUCCAAACAACAGUUUGCUUUCAGCAUCUAGAGCUAAUGUUCAACCCAAAAAUGAGGAACCUAAAAAACCUCCAACAGUUCCCUCUAGAAUUUCUAAUCAGAUUGAGGCUCGUCUUGAUCCUAAACAGAGUUUGGACCCAAAAGAAUCUGCAUGGGAGAAAUGCAAAAUGGUCCAGAUCCCAUGGCACACUCCGCCAGAAAUCAGGAUGGAUGGUCCUUGGAGAGUUAGUGCUGGCGAGAAUAGCAAAGAAGUUGAAGUUCAAAAGAAUAGAAUCCACCGUGAGAAGGAAAUUAUCUACCAAACUUUUCAGGAGAUUCCCCCGGAGCCCCGAGAACCUUGGGACCUCGAAAUGGAUUACGAUGACAGCUUGACCCCCGAAAUCCCAACGGUGCAGCUGCCAGAUGUCGAUGGCACAGAAACAGGGGUUUCUCCUCCCUGUGAGGAUGGAGACACCUUAUCAACUUCGCCGGAUGGAAGCAAUGUAACUACUUGGGUGGAUGGAAACAGUGUAGCAGCUCCGGCGGCUACCUCAUCCCAGACCAGUAAUUCGAGUGCUCCCGAGCCCGAUCUCGAGUUGCUGGCUGUACUGCUCAAAAACCCAGAGUUGGUAUUUGCUCUGACUUCCGGCCAGGGAGGUGGCUUAUCAAGUGAGGACACUGUGAGGCUGCUUGACAUGAUAAAGGCUGGUGGGGUUGGCUCACCGGGAAUGGUAAAUGGGUUAAGUGUAAGAACAGUGGAGAGGGUUGAAGUUUCUCUUCCUUCCCCAACUCCAUCAUCAAGCAAUCCUUCCACGAGUGGAUGGAGGCCUGAGGUUGCCAAGAAUCCUUUUUCACAGCAAGGUUCAAUGGCAAACAGAGUUGCAUAUGCCUCUCCCGGAGCUGCUAUCUCCAUCCCUGCUUUGGAAAAACAUCCACCAACUGGCAUGGUGCCCCUGCAAAUUACUGAAGCCCUGCCAUUGUCACAACAGCUCCCAGCUGCUUCCCCUGCAUCUGCAUUCUCACUACAUCAAAAUCCUAUGGUACCCGAAAAUAGGCUGCCCUCUCUAGGCUAUUCUGUACAUCACAGCAACCAGACCAAUUCUCCAAUUUUGCACUCGCUAGUCCCAGAAGCGGUUGUAAACAUGAAUAGUUUCUCCGUUUCCAGUACAUCCUUCCUAAACCCAACGGCUGCACAAGUUGAGACCCUAGCAAACUUUAAACCCACACCGGUAUUGAAUACACCGGAGAGAUCAGCCGUAUCGUUUCCCCUCCCGCAAGCCUUAUUGACUGUCCAAUCACGGUCACAAAUGCAUUCUCAUCAGCAACAUCCCGGCUUAGCUGAGACUCAGCCUGACAUGCCAUUUCAACCCACCAGGCCAUUUGGAAAAUCAGGCUCCGUCUCUGAUUCCUGGAGAAGUAGGCAGGGUUUGGCUUCAAAUCGUUCUCUUGAAGCUAAUCCAUAUGACCAUAACCCAUUGGUUGGGGAAUCUGUUCAGCCUCCAGCGCUACCGGGUCCUCCAUGGGAAAGAACCGAAUUUGCGAAUGAAGCAGAUUUUGAAACAUGGAGUCCGGAGGGUAGUCCAUAUAGGUCUUCCAAUUAUAUGCCUGGAAGGAAUUUUUCGCCGCACGAAAUGCACUCUGGGCGGAGCUAUAGGCCCGAUAGGGCAAGGCAUCGGAGCUCUUCUGGGUACUGGGAUUAUGGUAGGCAGGGAAACAGGUGGCGUGACCGUGACCGUGACCGUGACCGUGACCGUGACCGCGACCGCCGGGAUCGGGGCUGGAGGCGGUGAAUGGUGUUGCUUUGCCAUUGACGGCAGCCCAAUUGGCUGAUGACCUGAUAGAAUGGCGUUGUGAAUAUUGGGGUUCCAAUAGGGUGGUGAGGUGUUUGGAGUCUAUAGGUGGAGGUGGUAAUUUCAAAUUUGAAAUGGGUUUUGGGAUGAGCUGACCGUUAGUGAUUUUUUUGAUCUUGCAUAAAUGCGCUUGAGAUUUUCAGAAUGUAGACAACUUCUGCACAUUCUAGUGGGGUUGAGAGGGUCAGAGAGCUGCCAUUCAUCUUCAUCUUCAUCUUCAUCUUCUUCUUCUUCUUGUUUCAUUUCCGAGGAAAAGCAUAUAGCGGGCCUUUCUUGGGCUGGAGCAUGGGCUGAAGUAUUGGACUUUUUUAAAGCUUCUUCACUGAACCCAAAUAGCAACAAUAAAAAUAGCAAUAACAAUAAUAAAAGACAGCAUACACUCUGAGCUAAGAGUUAGAUCC